UUUAAACUGGCUCUGAAAACCUGACCCAAAAACAUUGUGCUUUAAAAUAUGAAGCGAUCUUUAGACUUUAGAAAUGGAAAAAUAUCAUAAUAUUUAAUGAUAACCAAUAUAGUUUUUGUUGAAUAUCACUUUAACAAAUUUAUAUUUGGUACUUUACUAAUACAUUGUGUAAAUAAAGUAGUACAAAUCUGAUACUAUAAUUUUUCAAAUUAAAAUACAACUGCUUUGUGUAUUUGUAAACUACAAUUCUAAAACUAUUAGUGAUUAUUAAGGAUACAUUUUCUACUAAAUAAAAAACAAAUAAGGAAGUUCGGGUGUAAGUGAACAUUUUAUACUUUCACAAUUUAUUUAUUUACUUCCAUCAAGAUAACGCGAAUUUCGACCCAUAUAUUCGGCAUAAAAUACCAGGAAUAACAAAAAAUAAAGUUAUUGAAUGUAUAUGUAUAUCAUUUGCUUUUGCUUCAGAAAAAACCCCGAUCAUGAUCAUUAGUCGUAGCAGCAGCAAGUGUCGACUUUUAAAAAUUUCUGGGAACUUUGUCAGUUUGCUCAUCUCGUGUUAUGCCGGUUGAUUUUUUUCAAUAUUUCUUUAUUUAUUGGAUCUGCUUUUUUAAGCCUAACAAUAUGUUAUAAAAUCUUAAAUCUAUUUAAAAAUUAGACAAGCUCAAACAAGUGAUUGAGCUGUAUUGGUGAAACGUUGCGUCUUUAGUAUGCAGGCAUAUCACUUCUUUUUAGGCGUGUUUGAUCGCAGGAAUGUACUAAAGCAUUAGCCAAUGGGUUUUGGGUGAUCACGGAGUUUAGAUAUAUAUUUCAAUCUGGUGUCCUCUACUUCAUUCUUUACCAUAGGGAUACCAAGAUCUUUAUGGAUAUUUUCAUUGGUGAGGACGUGAUUGAUCUAAGCAUUUUCGAUUGGAAGCUUUGUAUUAUAUCAAUAUUAGUUGCACUGGUCGUCCCCACAGUUGAAUGCCAUACAUCCAAAUCGGCUUUAUGACCGCAGUGUAUAAAAGCACUUUGCUGUCUAGUUUAAGUUUAGAGUUUUUAUUUAAAAGCCAUUUUAAGUUUGCAGCUCUUAUCUUCAUGCAUGUUAUUUUACUAGUUAUAUGUAUGUUUUCUCCACGUAAACCUUCUAUCUAGAUGAAUACCAAGAUAGGUAACUUAGUUCGCUUGAGGUACUAGAAUAUUGUUCAUUUUUACUCCCGGACACCUUUUUGGUAUUAGCGAAAAUGUAAAAUGCUAACAUUUUUGCUCAUUCACAUUUAUACGCCAGUUGGCUAGCCAUUCUUCGACAGAUCUUAAGUAUUCUUGAUGCUAUAAUGUGGCAUUUGUUACGGCUCACUAAAGCUGGGCCAUCAGCGAAAGUUGAUGUCAAAACAUUAUUAGCAGUUGGAAGAUCAGCUGAAUAUAUGAUGUAUAGAGUUGGGCCUAAAACACUGCCCUGUGGUACUCCAGCCCUUAUCUGUCAUUCAUCAGAUAUGAAAUCUCCUACUUUAACCAUAAAUUGUCUAUUUUUUAGACAAUACUCCAAUAUUUUAUACAAUUCUAAAGGUAGAAUGUUUUUAGUCUUAUAUAAAGCCUUCAUGCCACACUUUAUCAAACGCCUGAGCUACGUCUAGAAAUAUAGCUGAGCAGUACUCUCUGUGCUCGAAUGCUUUUCUUAUUUCAUUAGUAAUUCUGUUUACUUGUUCUAUUGUACUAUGUUUUGCACGAAACCCGAAUUUGUGUGUUGGUAUUACAUUAUUUUCGUAGAGAAAAGGAGACAUCUUUGAUAGUAGCACCUUUUCAAAUAUUUUAGAAAGGCAGGGUAGAAGACUGAUUGGUAUAUAUGAAGACGGCUGUGUCAAGACUUUCCAGGUUUAUCUAUCAGGAUAAUCUGCGACUUUUUCCACGAAAUUGAAUAGUAUCCAAAACUAAGAAUUGCAUUCAAGAGCAAAGAGAGCACCUCUACAGCAAUAUUUGAUGGUGAUAUUAUCAUGUCUUGGCGACUUUUUGGAUUAAGUUCUUUUAUGAUGCUAAUAAUUUUAGAAGUUGAAGUCUUAUAAGAUAGGUAUGUAUCCACUGUUUGAGCGAUUUAUCUAUAUUUUUGAUUACAGCAGAAUCAACUAAAUCUGGUAUUUUGUUACGAUCACUAGUCCAACCAGGAGAUAUUACAUCAAGGUUAUUGUGCCUAUUUUUAAUAGUGUGAUACAGCUAUCUUCCUUUCGGUCGUGGGCCCCAAUACAUAUGUUUUGCAUUGUAAUCUCCACCUGCUAGAAAUCUAUGGCCUAGCUUUCCAAAAAAGUCUUUAAAUUCGGUAUUUGUAAUUCUAAAACGAGGUGGACUGUAUAUAGCCGUCAGGUUUAAGUCCUCGCAACGAUUUUUAUACUCUCGCAACAAAAGUUGCUAAAGAGAGUAUUAUAGUUUUGUCCACAUAACGGUUGUUUGUAAGUCCUAAAACUAAACGAGUUAGAUAUAGGGUUAUAUAUACCAAAGUGAUCAGGGUGACGAGUAAAGUUCAAAUCCGGAUGUCUGUCUGUCCGUCCGUGCAAACUGUAACUUGAGUAAAAAUUGAGAUAUCUUAAUGAAACUUAGAACACGUAUUCCUUGGCACCAUAAGAAGGUUAAGUUCGAAAAUGUGCGGAAUCGGACCACUGCCACGCCCACAAAAUAGCGAUAACCAAAAACACAUUAAGAGCUAUAACUAAGCCAUAAAUAAAGGUAUGAAAAUAAAAUUUGGAACAUGGGAUCGCAUUAGAGAGGGGCACAUUUGAAUGUAAUUUUUUUAGAAAAGUGGGUGUGACCCCGCCCCCAAAUAGGUUUUUUGUAUAUAUCUUGCAUACCAAUAAAGCUAUAUAAACCAAACUUUCUGCAGUCGUUUCUUUUAGCCGUUUCCUUAUACAGUCCAAAAAUGAAAGAAAUCGGAUAAUAACCACGCUCACCUCCCAUACAAAAGUUUGGUUGAAAAUUACUAAAAGUGCGUUAACUCACUAACGAGAAACGUCAGAAACACCAAAAUUUUACACAAGAAAUGGCAGAAGGAAGCUGCACUGAGAUUUUUUUACAAAAUGGAAAAUGGGCGUGGCGUCGCCUACUUAUGGGUCAAAAACCAUAUCUCAGGAACUACUCGACAGAUGAAAUUCGGUAUAUAAUAUUUUCUUGGCACCCUGAUGGCACGUGUGGAAAAUGGAUGAAAUCGGUUCACAACUACGCCUACUUCCCAAAUUACUCAAUUUUGAAUCCUUCUGAUCCUUUCACUUUAUAAUGUAUACAUAAGGAACCAAUAAAGAUAGCGAAAUAAAACUUUACACAAAUACUGUAUUUGAGCUGUGAGAUCACUUGUGGAAAAAUUGUCAAAAUCGGACCAUGACUUUUCAAGGCCCCCAUGAAGAACUCAGUGCCUAAGGGUAAUUUUUCACCGAAAAUAUAGGUAAAUCUCUAAAUAAAUUGCGAGAGUAUAAAAUGUUCGGUUGCACCCGAACUUAGCCUUUCCUUACUUGUUUAUAGAUAUUGUUGUAGUUUGUAACUGCCCUGUAUCAUGAGAUGCUAAUGCGUGGUGGCUUAGUCGUUUUCUAACUAACACUGCUGUUCCACCAUGUGUCUUUCCAUCUGGGUGAUUUGUAACGUAGAGUCUCCACCCCGGUAUAAAGAAAUUGUUUUUAUUCGUAAGAUGGUUUUCUGACCUCUUGAAUCAUAUUUUGCAUAGUAGAUAUAAAUUGUGUCAUACAUUGGGUAAGGUUUAAAAUAAUUGUUUCAAUGUUUCCAUUUGGUUGGUUUUGAGGCAAUUGCAUUUGUGUUGUGUUGCCUUUCACCACGUUUGCAUAGCUCCCUUGUGUAGCAUUAUUUUUAAGAAUACAUUGUUUUGAAAUAUGGACAGGGUUUUCAAUAAUUUCGUUAGAAGGAAUACAGUACUUUUUGUUUAAUUGACCCUAUGAUUAAUUGGUUUCCCCGCUUAAUUGAACGGUGUUAUCGGGCAAAAAAUAUAGCAUAUGAAAGCACAUGUAGAUUUUCCCGCUUAGUUGGUUCAUAAUACAGUACGAACUCGGUAAUCGCCACUAAUAGAAAUAUAUAUAUAACAAGAAAAAUGACAAAUGAAAACGUUUUAUGAUAUAGAAAGCUUAUUUUUUUAUUAAAAAUUUUAUAUUUUAAACAUAUCGGGUAUUGUUGUCUGCACUUUCUUCUUAUUAAGGGUUUUUAUUAUAGCCCUUUCACGAAGCUUCUUCAGAAAUAUAAUGUCUUUUAUUGGAAUAUCGUUUUCCUCAACCCGCUUAAUGCAUGUGUUAAAAGAUUGCAUAGCAACUGAUCCUUUUAUUUUAGGAGGUGGAAUAACAUUCGCUUCGCUAUCAUCAGAAUUUUCAAUUUCUACGGCUUCUUUAUCCACUUCUUGAUAAGCAACACUUUAGUGCAUCCAUUGCGAAUGGAGCUUGCUGACACUUUUCCCCAUGAACCUGCAAGAAGACAGAUAGCAUGUCUUAAGUUGAAUUCCUUAUUUUUUCUUCCAGAUGAGUGGUUUUAUUCCCUAUUAAAUUCCCUUUGUUAAGUUAAUAACUUUUUGGUCCAUUGGUUGGAGAAUCGCGGUACAGUUAGGUGGAAGACACAUAACGGUUAUCAUUCCAUCAUCACUUUUCAUCUCAUUGUCUUUAGGAUGACACGGGGCAUUAUCCAAGACCAAUAGGGCUUUUUUGGGAAGUCCCUUGGAUUCUAGAAAUUCGAGUACCUAUAACAAUAAAAAAUAAAAAUAAAUUUUAAACAAAAAUUCAACACAUUUCGUAUUUCUCUCAUCAGGAACAAGCGUAUGAUGCUGGUUUCAUCGAAAAACAAAUAAGUCAUCCACGAGUUCUUUUUAGCCUUGUAGACAACGGGCAUUUUUUGAAAUUUGAAUGCUCUAGGGUUUUUUGCAUUUCCAAUGACAAAGAGCUUAACUUUGUGCGUACCCGAAUCAUUUGUGCAUGCGAGAAAUGUUAUUCUUUCCUUACUAACUUUCCGACCAGAAGCAGAUAAUUCCUCGCUCACCAACGUUUUAUCUGGUAUCUGCCUGAAAAACAAUCCGGACUCGUCGGCAUUAUAAAUUUGUUCUGCAGAAAGAUCAAGCUCCUUGAUUUUAUUUCUAAAACGUAUUACAAAUGGGCCGACGGACGCUGUCUUUUUGGAAAGCUCCUCUUCACAAAUUUUCAAGUGGCGGAGGCCAUAUAACUUUUUAAAUUAGAUACCCAACCAUUACUUGCAUGAAAUCAUCCUGGCUUUUGUUUAUUUUCUCAUGGAGCUUGCGAGCUUUUGCUUUGACGAUACCGACGGAUAUAGGCACAUUUUCACUCCUUUGUUUCAAAAACCACUUGUAGAGAACCUUUUCCAUUCUUGGGUAUUGACAAGAUUUUAAGGUUUGCCGUUUUCCUGGCCCAGCUUCCAUAUUUGUGGCAUAUUUAAGUAUACAAGCUUUUUUCUUCUUUAUUCUCGUUAUUGUCAACUUGUGAACUUUAUAAUCAAUACUAAGAGCUUUUGUCGAUACACCACUUUCUAGUUUAUUCAAAAUUUCUGUUUUUUCUUUAAUUGUUAUUUUUAUUAAUUUUUUUGUGACCACCAUGACUUUUACACAUAAAACACUACAGGCGUGUUGCAAAAUAAACUGAUAAUGAAAGUCAUUUGUUGACAAUUGCUCUUAACACUCACACAAAAACAGCAAAGUCGGCAGAGCAACGGUAAAAUAACGAUCAGUUUGUGAAUACAUAACAAAAAAAUGCCAUAAGAAGAAACCGUCAAAAAAAGAACUGAAGCAAAACAUAUUUAGAUGUAAAGUUGCAGUUAUUGAGAUCAAUAUUUUUGAGUAGUUGUACUUAUAAAGGUUACAAUGCUAUGUUUUAUAGUGUUGCAUGAAUCGAGAAGUUGCGUGUAUCGAGGGUUGCAGUUACCGAGUUUAUACUGUAUAUCAAAAAUCAUUUUCCUUCUAAAUUUUCCCGGUUAAUUCCACCAAAUAAUAUUGUUGAAAAAACUUUCCUUCUGAUCAACACUGUAUAAUUUUUAUACUCUCGCAACAAAGUUGCUACGAGAGUAUUAUAGUUUUGUCCACAUAACGGUUGGUUGUAAGUCCUAAAACUAAACGAGUUAGAUAUAGGGUUAUAUAUAUCAAAAUGAUCAAGGUGACGAGAAAAGUUCAAAUCCGUCUGUCUGUCCGUCCGUCCGUGCAAGCUGUAACUUGAGUAAAAAUUGAGAUAUCUUGAUGAAACUUGGAAGGCGUAUUUCUUGGCACCAAAAGAAGGUUAAGUUCGAAAAUGGGCGUAAUCGAACCACUGCCCCGCCCACAAAAUUGCGAAAACCGAAAACACUUAAAGUGUCAUAACUAAGCUAUAAAUAAAGCUAUGGAAGUAAAAUUUGGUAUGAAGGAUCGCACUAUGAAGGGGCAUAUGUGGAUGUAAUUUUUUUGGGGAAGUGGGCGUGGCCCCGCCCCCAACUAGGUUUUUUGGACAUAUCUCGCAAACUACUAAAGGUAUAUCAAAAAAACUUUCUAGACUCGUUUCUAAGGUUUCUAAGGUACUACCUUAGUCCAAAAACGGAGGAAAUCGGAUUGUAACCACGCCCACCUCCCAUAUAACGGUUAUGUUGAAAACUUCUAAAAGUGGGUUAACUCAAUAACGAAAAACGCCAGCAACACUAAAUUUCACAUAAGGAAUGGCAUAUGGAAGCUGCACUCAGAUUUUUUUACAAAAUGGAAAAUGGGCGUGGCAUCGCCCACUUAUGGGUCAAAAACCAUAUCUCAGGAACUACUCGACCGAUUUCUAUGAAACUUGGUUUGUAAUAGUUUCCUUACAUCCCAAUGAUAUGUUGUGAAAAUAUCGCUUCACAACCACGGCUACUUCCUAUAUACAAGAUUUUCGAAGACGAUCUGAAUCGUUUACUUUACAAUAUAUAAAGUAAAGACUAGUGAAGAUAUCGAUGCAGAACUUUGCACAAAUACUACGUUUAUAGUGUGGCAGCCCCAUUCUAAAAAUCGCCGAAAUCGGACCAUAGGUUGUCAAGGCCCAUAUAUCGAAUAUGAGAACCGCGGUGCUUCUAACCUAAUAUUAGGGUUUCCAACUUUCAAUGGACUUUAUACAAUAUAUGUGACGUAAAUGUGGGUCAAAUUGUGUAUUAUAUAAUAUUAAUAAAGUUAAAUAAAUGAAUUGCGAGAGUAUAAUAUGUUCGGAUACACCCGAACUUAGCCCUUCCUUACUUGUUUAAUAAUAAAUUUGAAUAAUAAAUAUAUAUAUGUACAAAUGUACAGAAAUGGAUUUUUUAGUACAUUAAAUUGUUAUUGCAUUUUUUCCUAUAAUGGUAAAAAAUAUUCAAAUAUUUUAAAAACUUUAAGUGCAAUGUAGUUUUCUUUAAGGGGAUAGGUGGGUUUAAGAGGUUGAAAACAUAUGUAUAUUUAAAAUUUUAUUUGAUGUAUACAAUCAUAUAUUUCUUUCAGCAUAUUAAAGAUACAUACAGUAUUUUGUGAAAUUUAUAUAUACAAAUUCCAAAUGCUUAGCCGUUGGCACCUCAUCUUCCAUAAAAUGUCCAAAAAACGGUUAUUGCCUCCGUCCCGUUAAAACCUUGGUAGGCCUCGGAGUACGUUCCGCUCCCGUCAUCAUUAAGUUGAUGUGGUAGGUGCAGGUUGAGAAGACUCCCUCUUUACGCUGGUCGGCUCUGAAUGCAUUGUCCCAUAAGGACGUGCGUCAACCGUCGCCUUGGCCUUGGGACCAUUUAAAGGCGACCUUUCCGGGAGAUGGAUAGCGGCUCUGAGUGGGGACCCUUUUAAAUAAUGAACAAACUACAAACAACAAAAACGGAAGAGGGAGAUGGAAAGUCGGAACCGACUUUUAAAACGGACAGUGUCCCAUGAGGUUCACUGUCGGCGGCGACGGAACCGUUUACCGCGAAAGGCGGUGAAAUAACAAAACCUUCGCAGGUGAGGAUACCCCCCGAAAGGGCGCUGUCGGCGGAGGCCUGCCGAAAACAGCGGUUAGUAUGGCGGGGGUGCGAGGCGAAGUCGCCAGCACUAGUAAAGGAGCCUCUGCUAAGCUCACAGGAGUUCCGGGGCCCGGAACUAAUGCAAAGAGACAGGUGUCGGCGUCUAAAAAGUUGAAGUCGGACCGCCGCAUGGCAGCCAAGAUCUUGGAACGCUACGGUAGCGAGCAUGCUGAGCAGAAACCUGGGCAGCAUGCCAGCACACUAGAGUGGGCUAGGAAGGUACUUAGCGACGGUGGCGAUGGUAAACCGGUGGGAUUGGGUGAAACCCAAUCGCAGGUUAAACGACAAAAGGUCGUUCGAGGGGGAAUCUUCCCUUGGGAAGAAACCUCGGAUUGGAGAGGCCCUGAAGUUUAGCGAAAUCGCCAAACUUGCGGGGGCUAUUGAGCUUGGGGUAUGCGAUGUGAGUAUGGAAGAUGGAGCCAUCUCCCACGACGAAUGGAAGCGGGUCGCGGUGGCCAUAUCCGCGGUCUUAAUGAGGGUGAUCAGAGGAAACCCUGGCCCCCCUCCAAGCUGCGAGAGCGCAGGUUGGCAUUACGGCAUCCACGGGGCUAAGCUCGAGGCGGUGGUUAAGGAAGAACUUCCACUACGCCCUCGUGCUCGGGUGUGGCUCCCCGCCGAACCCCCCACUUCAUGUGAGAUCGAGGGUUUUGGUUUGCGUUACUGCAAUCCUUCUCUUCCCGUUCAAGAUUGGAAGGUCAUUCGGCUAGAGAAAACCCAGGAGCCAGGAGCAAACGCUGAUACUUCUGAAUGAGGAGUCCUUGGGUCCUCUCAGCGACGUAAAGGGGGUCAUCAGCUAGGGUUUCGAGAAGGUGGUGCUUCGGGUCUUCCCGACCGAUGCCAAAGUUGAUGUCCCACUACCUCCAGGAGCGGGAGAGGAGGGAAUUGAUGCCCAAACGGGCAUGGAUGUUGACUCAUCCCACUCGGACACGGCGAGUAUUGGAAAUGGAUCCGUCUUCAAUCUCGGUCAACUGUUCGAGGAGGAUCGAGCUGAAUGAGCGGAACUCGCAUUGUUGGAGAAAAGUUUGGAGGAUGAAGAUCCUGCAAAUUAAUCUCCAACACGCAAAGGCGGCAUCCGCCAACUUAUUGCUUCGUCUAGGAAUGGACGAAGCCGACGUCGUCCUAAUCCAGGAGCCGUGGCUAAGCAGAAAGGGUGUAUCGGGUUUAAGGACGAAAAGCCACAAGCUAAUGACAGCUAGCUGUGCAGUAACGGAGACGUUGUGACUACCAGAUUGGAGGGUGAUGCGGGAGAACUCUGGCUAAUCUCGGCUUAUAUGCCGCACGACGGCGAGGUGGAACCACCUCCCGUUUUAUUGAGAGAGGCUCUCUGGGAGGCCAGGCGUAGGAGAGUCAACGCCAUCAUUGGCUCGGAUGCUAACUCAAGACAUACGGUCUGGGGAAGCUCGGACAUAAAUGUUAGAGGCAUUAGUCAGGGUGUUUUCUGUUUCGGCAGAUAAAUCGUCUUUCAGCUUCUCUACAUCAAAUUUUUGUGUAUGUCUUCUUUUUCGAGUUGCUAACUGCAACCACUUUGAGCCUGACUGACGAAAUUAGACGAUGAUGGUUGCUCGCAAUAGUAUAUGCCCAGAAAGUAUUUUCUUCACAUCUGAUCUAACUCAUGGAGUAAAUGACGUUAAUGCUGCAGCUAUUAUAUGUACAUAAAUGUUUUGUGAAAUACUAAAUUAAAAAAAAAAAAAUGUCCGAUAUUAUCAAUUUUUUAUCAAAAUUUAUAUGUACUAUGUACACAAGAGUUUCGACUACUUUUGUGAAUUCGCCCUAAAGAAUCGCAUAGAAACGUUCAUAGAAAGUCUCGCCAGUGCCAGUAUCGCUCACUGGCCGUUCACCGAGAGUUUCGCCGGUACAGAGUGCUCAUAAAUAUAUUGUGACGAAUAUGUAUGCUAGAAUAAACUAGAAUCAACAACGAAAUCGAUAACUUACCAGAUUUAUCCAGACAUCGAUAUUCGUCGUUGCCAGAAUGUUCGAGUGACGAUAACUUGCUAACAAUCGGGUAUAUAAGGGCUGCCGGACUGGCAGCAAGACACAGUUCUAAUUAGAGAGUUGCCGAGUAAAGUGCAAGAUAUUAGAAGUAAGAAGUUGUAAACUUGUACAACGAGUAAUAAAGUGUUAAGUUUGUUAAAUUAGAAAUAAAGAUAAGUGUAUAACCAUUAAACAGUGACUUUUAUUUGACAAUCCAGUGAUCGAACUCAAGGUAGAGUUAAGAGUAAACGAUAGAUUUUUGAAAUCCGUUACAAUUGGUGUCAGAAGUGGGAUUGACAAAUAAAAUUCCAUAGGAGAUAAUGGUUAAGUUCAACGAUUUAAAGAUACCGCAACUCAAAAAGGAGUUGGAACAACGAGGCCUAGCAACGAAUGGGUUGAAAGCUGAGUUACAAGCUCGUCUGCGAGAGGCGAUGGAAGAAGAAAACAUCAACGUGGACGAAUUUGUUUUUGAAUCGUUGUUAGAGGAAUCAACAACAAAAAUUGAGGAAAAGGAAGAGAUUCCAUGUUCAUCAGGGGUACUGGACAUGAACAAACUUUUGUCUGCAAUAUCGUCACAGUUCCAGGCGCAGGACACACGCUUAACAACAAAGUUGUCCCAACAAAUAAAGGACCAAAUGAAAGAGCAAAUAACGGAACUAUCAACGCAGAUAUCAGCUCAAGUAUCAAUGCAGUUGAAGGAACAGGACGCACGUAUAUCACAGGUGACUUCACAAAUUGCAGAAGUGUCAACAAAGAUUUCAGAAGAGCAAGAUAAAGUUAAAGCUGAUGUGGAAGAACUGAAAGAUCGUCUCCGUGACCUGCAACUAAACCGACCAAUGGUGUCGACAGGACUUGUCAAAGUUAACACUCCAUCAUUUGACGGCACAACUCCGUUCCAGAUUUUCAAACUCCAAUUUGAAAAGACGGCAGAUACGAAUAAAUGGAAUGCGGAAGACAAAGUUGCCCAAUUAUUCGUGGCUUUAAAAGGGGCUGCUGCGGAAAUUCUACAAACUAUACCCAAUUGCGAGUCAAGCAGUUACGAAGCGUUGAUGGCUGCUGUAGAAAGACGGUAUGGAAGUGAGCACCGGAGACAAAUUUUUCAAAUCGAACUGCAAAAUCGCAAACAAAAAGCUAGUGAGUCUCUGCAAGAAUUUGCUACGGAAGUGGAAAGGUUAGCUCACUUGGCUUAUGCGCAUAAGUCCGCAGAAUAUAUAGAAGAUAUAAAAAUCCACAGUUUCGUUAAUGGUAUACGAGACGAGAAUACUCGCUAUUCUGCACUAGCAUGCCCAAAAUUGACAUUUGCAGAAACAGUGUCCUUUGCUCUAACGCACGAAACUGCCUCUUUACUUAGUAACAGAACAUUUAAAGCUCAUCGUGUAGAAAUAGAAGAGCCUGCCUGGACGAAGAAAUUUUUGGAAGAAAUGCAUAAAAUGUUGGAGAAAUCUGGAGAAACACGCAAGAAAAAUGAUGGUGUGGUUAAAUGCUUCAACUGCGGGAAAGGCGGCCAUAUUGCACGUAAUUGCAAUAUGGAAUCGAAUCGACCCAAUUACCUAUCCGGACGGAAACGCAAAGCUGAAGAAGACCAACCAACUCUGAAAAGCACCCAAUCGUUAAACUAAAGC